AUGUGCGCUGCCGCUCAUGAAUUCAGAAGAGAGAGUCUACCAGGGCAAGGAGCAGAAGGCGAGCUUGAGUGUCCGGUUACCAGUGCGUUGACAGAGUUCGAAGCGGUGGUUGGUUCCAGCAAGUGAGUGCAGAAGUACGGUCGAGCAGCAGCAGCAUGUUGAUCGGCUUGAGUUGCGUGCAGCAGCGCGCAGGAUCAACGACAAAGUUUCCUCUUCAAAGCGUCAUCCAUCAUCCUCGGUCUUCGAGUCUUUGAUCUAGCAUCUUCGGCGACAUCCGUCCGAGACAUAGAGCAACCCACUGACAAGAACCUCGAACCUAGCACAAGAACCGUUAGUGUAGAGCCACAUCGCUCUGCAUUGGAUUGGUUGAUUGGGUCAUCAGCAGAACCCGAAUACCAAGU